AUGGCUAUCUCUCUCCAACUCUGCCGCUUCUCACUCCGCUCCGACCUCUCCUCCGAUAAUCGCGUACCUCUCCGCCGCCGUAGAACAACUUUUUCCCUCCGCUGCGCCGGCGGUGAUGACUCUACUUCUUCGGUCGCUUUGGAAUCUGAAUUUGACGCUAAAGUGUUCAGACAUAACCUGACAAGAAGCGAGAAUUAUAAUCGUAAAGGUUUUGGUCACAAAGAAGAGACACUUCAGCUCAUGAAUCGCGAGUACACCAGUGAUAUAAUAAAGAAAUUGAAGGAGAAUGGUUAUGAGUAUACAUGGGGAAAUGUUACAGUCAAAUUAGCCGAAGCUUACGGAUUUUGCUGGGGAGUAGAGCGAGCUGUUCAGAUUGCUUACGAAGCCAGGAAACAGUUUCCAGAUGACAAGAUUUGGAUUACUAAUGAGAUUAUCCACAAUCCGACUGUUAAUAAGAGGUUAGAGGAGAUGGAAGUUGAAAACAUUCCUAUUGAGGAAGGGAAGAAACAGUUUGAAGUUGUAAAUGGUGGUGAUGUUGUGAUUUUGCCUGCUUUUGGAGCGGCGGUGGAUGAGAUGUUGACUCUGAGUAACAAAAAAGUACAAAUUGUCGAUACAACUUGCCCUUGGGUGUCCAAGGUUUGGAAUACUGUUGAGAAGCACAAGAAGGGAGAUUAUACCUCUAUUAUUCAUGGGAAAUAUGCUCAUGAGGAAACUGUAGCAACUGCUUCUUUUGCUGGAAAGUACAUUAUUGUGAAAGAUAUGAAAGAGGCCAUGUAUGUUUGUGAUUACAUUCUUGGGGGCGAGCUUAAUGGAUCUAGCUCAACCAGAGAGGAAUUUCUAGAGAAAUUUAAAAAUGCAGUUUCUAAGGGGCUUGAUCCAGAUAUUGACCUGGUUAAAGUUGGCAUUGCAAAUCAAACUACAAUGCUCAAGGGAGAAACAGAAGAGAUUGGAAAAUUGGUGGAGAGGACUCUUAUGCGCAAGUAUGGAGUGGAAAAUGUAAAUGAUCAUUUCAUAAGCUUCAACACCAUCUGUGAUGCUACUCAGGAGCGACAAGAUGCAAUGUAUAAACUGGUGGAGGAAAAGUUGGAUCUUAUGUUAGUUGUUGGUGGGUGGAACUCAAGUAACACCUCCCACCUUCAAGAAAUUGCCGAGCACCACGGAAUUCCUUCUUACUGGAUUGACAGCGAACGGAGGAUAGGCCCAGGAAACAAAAUAGCUUAUAAGUUGAAUCAUGGGGAGUUGGUUGAGAAAGAAAACUGGCUUCCAGAAGGCCCCAUUACAAUUGGUGUUACAUCAGGUGCCUCUACACCAGACAAGGUUGUGGAAGAUGCCCUUAUCAAGGUGUUCGACAUCAAACGUGAAGAAGCCUUGCAAGUAGCUCAAGUUUAA